UUUUUUUUUCUCUAUCUUUGUCAUGAAACUUUCUCCUCUGCUUGAAUAAUGAAUGUUGUUGUGGUUUUGCCAUACAAAAGCCGCCGACCAAUCCGAUUCGUCCGAUUCCCCCCGACCUUGUCUUUCUCCCUUAAUAAUAAUAAUUCCACCUCCACCUCAUCAUCGUUCAUCCGUCUGACUCCCUCCAUUCGCUUUGCUUCCCUCUUCAUCCUUUCCCUCCGCGUGAAAGGAGAAGACGAUCACCGCGACAAUGAGCCGAUUCGGUCUCCAAGGGUUGCUGGCAGCCCUGCUGCUGGCCUCCCCCGCGCUGGCCCACGGCGGCCACGAGAGCGUCCCCGAAGGUGCCGCCGUCUCCGAUGAUCCAAUUGACUCAACAUUAUGGGUGCACAUGAUUCUGAUGGGAUUUGCCUUUGGCCUCAUCUUCCCCUUGGGCAUGGUCCUCGGAAUUGUGCGCUCGCGCUGGCACGUCCCUCUCCAGAUCGUCGGAACCAUCGUCGCAGUAGUCGCAUACUUUCUCGGCCAUGCUCACAAAGGCCGCCAAUUCUCGAAGAACGUCCACGCGUCGUUCGCAAACACCCUCAUGCUCAUGAUGGUCGUGCAGAUUGUUCUCGGUUUCUAUCUCAAGUUGCACCUCUCCAAAGGAAUCCAUGGCCGUAUCCGCCGGGUGAUCGUGAUCGCGCACGGAGUUGUCGGAAAGGCGAUGCCAGUGGCGAGUUGGGUCCAAAUGCUCUUCGGAGGAAUCACCGCCAUGGGCUUCUGUCGGGAUGACCACUUGGGACAGUGUCUGGCUCAUUUCAUCAUGGGCAGCGCUUUCAUCGCCUAUGGUAUUCUGCUGACAAUCCUGCUCCUUGUUGGCCAGUACUGGCUGCGUCGCACUGGCCGCAGCCAGGAGUUCUUCGACUCGUUGAUCAUUGCUGCGUGGGGAUGUGUCAACACCUUCACAGAACACCGCUGGGGAGGUCCUUGGGUCCACAACGACUUGCAGCACACCACUAUGGGCAUUGUCUGGUGGUGCGCUGGUCUUUUGGGUAUUUGGAUGAGCCGGCGGCGCAACGGCCGGCCCAAGCGGAACUUAAUCCCAGCCUUGGUCAUCCUCCUCACCGGUUAUGCUAUGUCUGCCCACCCGCAGACCCUGAUGAUCAGCACUAUGAUCCACACUAUCUUCGGCUACACGUUGAUGGCCGCUGGUAUCACGAGAAUCAUUGAGAUCUCCUUCGUGCUGCGGGACAAGGGCACCCUCAGUGUGGACGGUACUGAUCCCAACAGUUUCCAAUAUCUCCCACCCUUCCUUCUGUACGCCUCGGGAUUCCUUUUCAUGGGAGCCACAGAGGAGCAGAUGCAACUCCUGAGUGACGCCGGAAUAACCCAUGUAUCAUACGUCUUGAUCCUUUACAGCAUUGCCUUCAUCCUCUUCCUGUUCGUCAACGUGCUCCUGCACAUCUACGCCGUCCACGCAUGGCCCGAAUCCACCCAAGCCCCCUCCCACUCGCGCUCCUCAAGCACUGCAGACACCGGCGAGGGCUCCUCCCACUACCGACAGGCCGCCAAUGGUCGUCUUGUGAACGGUCAUGCCCGUUCCGCAUCGGAGAUCCAACAUGUCCACGACGCCGAAGAAUUCGAACUCCAAGGCCUCAUCUCCGACGAAGACGACGCCAAACCCCUCGGCGACGACGGUCACCCCAUGGGUCCUCAAAAAGUCGAAGAUGAAGAAAACGCCCCCUUAGUUGCUAAGGAAACGUCAACGCGUUAGUCCCUAUUCAGGGAGCUAUACCGUUACUCAUCGUUCUACAUUCUUUCUCUUUUCUCUCUCAAUUAUAUUCUAUCUCUACGGAGUAUAUCCCGCUCUAUACAUAUCUAGUUCGUAUCUUCUUUAAGCUUCUUCUGGUUCCGGGUGUGUUUGAUUUGAUGUGAUAAAAAAAAUCGGUUGCAUCUGUACAUGUGCAUAGCUCCAUUUCAUAUAAAUUGAUUUUAUCUUUCUUUACCUACACGCCCACUCCCCUUUUCUAAGGGUAUUUCUUUAUUCUUGCGUAUGGAUCAGGAGGAAAGGAGGGGUAUGGUUGAAUGAGAUAUAACGCUAUCAGAAUCAAU